AUGAUCCAAGCAAUAUUGACGGAAAGACCAGAAUUCUGCCUGAGAAAUGUUGAUAUAAUUGGCUGCGGGAGUACAUUGGGCAGUCUAUUACGGUUUGCGCGUGGCAGAGCCCAGUCUUUCAGGUUGCUUGUCCAAGUAGUCGGCAACACAGUCUUCUUCAUCAGAAGGGAAAACUCGCCCACUGAAACCAUCCCAGAUGUCCGGGGAUACGGACAUACAUUUCCCAAGGCAUACACUACGUGGAGUGCCCUCGUCCAAGGGUCCGUGUCCCAUCAGCGGUUGGUCAAUUACGAUUUCGCUGGCAUAAAUUGCUUAGUGCGCUUUGAGGUCGACGGUUUCCUACCCGACUUGAUCCCCGAAGACUCAAAGGUCCAGCAAUAUCACACUUCUGAGACUGGAGAUAUUGAAGUUAAUGAUAUUUUGUCAUCUAUUCAAGAAGUAACGAUUUCAGGCGUGCGUUUAACCACUAAAGAUACCGAAUUAACGACACUCAAGGUCUCUAAGGGAGGUCACCAUGUCCCACAACGGGCGGUGUUUGACCUAAAAACGCGUUCUGUCAAGAAGAUGGACGUUCAAACGGUUGAAGAAGAGCUGCCUCGGCUAUGGGUCCGGCAAAUCCCCAAUUUUGUUCUCGCUUAUCACACGUUCGGCAAGUUCAAAGACGUUCGGAUUCAGGACAUGCGUGAAGAAUUGAAGCUCUGGGAAGAAUCUCAACAGCCAGCUUUGGCCAGAUUUGCCAGCUUGCUACACAUGAUAGUAUCCUUUGCUCGUAGUGUGGAUAAUGGCAGGUUUGAAAUCGAGCACGAGGAGGGCGAGAAGUGCCUCAAUUUCCGAGAGCCAGGUGGAAAUGUCAACAGUGUUUUGCCAACGAGCCUAGCAAGCAGAUGGGAUUCGGACAACACGUCCGAGGUAAACUCUUGA